AUGGUAAUACCCUACACAACUGUCACGAGCCUGUUUUGCAUGCAGAAAAACAGGAUGAUGGUGAUAACGAAAUCCCGAAUUCAUCAACUAUUUCUAUUAACCUUGGCCAUUUGUUGUCUAACAACAGCGGUAAAUUGUGGCAAAAUAACAACAAAUACUAAAACAAAAGCCGUUACCGAAACUGGAGACGAUGUAACAACAACGACGACGGCCAAGUCGGAAGUUGCUGCCGCAAACACUGAUGCUGGCGAUGGUGAACAAGACUCCGGCGAAGAUGAUGAUGACGACGAUGAUGCUGCUGAAAAAAAUGCUGUACAAUCGUCGGACGAAUCUCUGUUUAGUGUCUGGGGCAUUGUCAGAGGUGUUUUAAAUUGGAUUAAAGAUGACAUAUCGGCUGGUCUGUUUGGAGCGGACGAUGAUGUUGCAGCAGAAGGACGUUCCGAUGGCAGCGUACAAGGUCGUACAUUUGGCAAAAUUCGUCGUCUACAAAUGGCUCUCAUACCCAUUAUCUUCAAAUUUGGUGUCCUCACUGCCAUGGUGGCUUUCCUAGUGGGCAUCGGCUUAAAGACUCUCUUCCUUGUCAAGGUUCUCUUGGCCAUGAAUGCUUUGGCCCUCCUGGCUAAAUUCUUUACCCUGAAAGCUAAUAUUCUACCACAAAUUCAAUAUUCAGCUCCACCACCAUCAUGGAAUCAUCAUGUUGAAUAUUCGGCUGCACCAAGUUGGGGUUGGUCGCCAUCAUCAUCGGCCGGUUGGUCUUCGGCUCCAGUUCACGAACACGAACAUCAUUCAGAGCAUCCCAGUAAGGAAAUUCAUUUACACAUUCAUGGUGCUGCAUCACAACCCAAGGCAGAUACUUAUACCGCAUACGUAGCAAGUCCAUCACCAGCAACCGGUAACAGUUGGCAACGCAGUGAUCCCUACAGUGCCUAUGAACCGGUGUCACAUCAAACCGGUAAUGAUCUGACAGUCGAUGCGACACAAUCGAUACCGGUUAGUGUGCAUGCCGAUGUACCGGCAAAUCAUCGAAUGUUUUAG